AUGGUAAAAUUAUGGAUCAUCCGCCAUGGUCAAACUUUAUAUAACAAAUUCCAACAUGAUUGAACUGAUCUCGGGAAUUCUCUAGAAAAUGCUCACUCCCCCCCCCCUUUAAAUUGAAACAAAAAAAUUUUGUUUCAAUUUAAAGGGGGGUUAAGAAAAUUUUUUUAUAAAAAAAAUUUAUAUAUAAAAAUUUUUUCAGAGAUAAAAUUUUAUAGAUAAUAAAUUAUAUAAAUUUAAAAGAAUUUCAUGAAAAAUUAAUUCAUAAAUUUCUCAAUCUCAAAGUGUAAACUUGCUGAAAUGGUAUUCUUCUAACUCUCCCCAUAACAAUUGGACAAAAUAGAGUUUAAUUUCUAAAUCUUAUAUGUUUGAAGCAUAUUAAAUAGGGUAUUAACGUAUUUACAUAUAAAAUAAUGAUUUUUACUUAUACAAUUUUCUAUUAUAAUAAAAUUUUGUUUCAAUUUAAAGGGGGGGUAAUUUCCCAAAAAAGUAGGAAUUUUACCUAUAUUUUUGCUUCAAUUUAAAGGGGGGGGAGUCAGUUUCGCUGGGAUCGUAGCUAUUGUGAUGCACCUCUUUCAGAAAUCGGAAUAGAGCAAGCAUCAUCUAAAGUUGAUCAAGCACAUAGCUUAAACGUCACUAAAGUCUACGUUUCCCCAUUACGUCGCGCUCUGCAAACCUGUGAUAUCCUAUUCAGAAAUCACCCAAAUACUCCAAAAAUAGUAGUCCAUCCUUUAUUUACUGAAUUAAUUCACAAUUCCCAUGAUAUUCCUACUUAUUCAGGAACUCCUUAUCCAGAAUUCUCACAUUUUGACUGAAGUAAUGUUCCUAAUCAUUUCUAUGUGCCUGAAAUAUUAAAUAAUCAAUAUACACAACAACUGAUAGGAAUGAAUUUCGAAGAUGCCAGAAUAAGGUUGCUUGAUAUUAUGAGGGAAAUUAACCCGUUAAUAGUUGAGAGUCAGUGAGAGAUGUAUGAUAGAACAAGAAAAGCGAGAGAAAUUAUAAGAAGUGGACAAGAAAACGUAGGACUUGUGACUCAUUCUUCAUUUUUAACAUACUUCAUGAGCGAGCUUAACGAAAAUAGAGAGUUCAUAGGAUUGAAGAGGCUAAAUAAUCUAGAAAUGGUUGAGUUCGAGUUUUAA